UAGCCCCCAACUUAAGACCUCCCAUGUCCCUCUCAAUCUCCGGUCACCGGAGCCGGUUCCGACCAGCACUCCGGCAACUAUCUCCGGCCACGCACAGCCACUCCACUACAACCUCCUUCCUCUUACGCCUCCUCACCUCAUCCACCUUCUCUGUCACAACUAAACAGCCGGUCACCUCCGUGGUGGCGGCACGUAGCGUGACGGCAGAGGUUGCCGACUGCAGUCAUGGCGACAGUAGCGGCGGCGGUUUUCUCCGGCAACCGUGUACUCGAGCUCCUCUUCGGGAAACAUGCCUCCUCUUCGUUCUUGUUCAGAUCGACGGCAACUUCUCGACGCGUUUCGAAGAUGACGCGAACCGAGCCCCCCGGAGAAGACGACCAGAGUUCGACGGAACUCACGACAUUCUUUUGUUCGGAUAAUCUCUUGCGUUCAUUCUCUUGGAUUUACGAUUUCUUUACUCGUGCGC